UGUUGCAUAAACGCACACUCGACCAAGGAUCCAGUCACGGUGCCUUGCACGAACACGGUUCAACCCCAUCCUUAACUCAAUUCCACGUCGUUAAUACAUAAUCAUCGAGACAAAUUUGAGAGCUCACUUCAGCCUCUCAUGAAGAGUCAAUAACGAAAAGUGAAUUCGUGUUCAACCUCAUCAUCAAGUUGUAAUCAAGGAUGAAUUCAAAAUCACUUAAAGGAUUAUUUUUGCGCACGGAAUCGGGGAAGAAGAACUACUGGGAUUAUGAUUAUUGAGAUAUUAUUGAGAUAUUAUUGACAUUUAUUGUGUUAUUACCUUAUAUUUAGGAGUCUUAUGUUAUAUUUAGCAGUUACCUUAUGAUUGGAAUUCCGAAGUCCAGGAGGUUCUGUAACAGAUCGUAAACAGUUGGUCUGGUGUUGUGCAUAUAUAUACUGAUCCGAAAGAAUGAAUAAAAACAGAAUUCACAUAAUACUUUUAUGGUGAAUCUUAUCAUGGUAUCAUGAGCUAGGGAAUAUCCUAGGGAAAAUUAAAUACUUUUUUUUCUAUGUUUCCAUAUCAAGCACCAUAAGAGAUUAUGGGUGAUAACAGUAGUGAUGGAGAAAAGAAAACUGAUGACAACAGUGGUAAAAACAAGAAAAAGGUGGAUUUAGUUUUUUUUCUCGGCACCAAUGACAAUCCAGGCAACGUGAUCACACUAAUACAAUUGUGUGGCCCUAAUUAUGAUGAAUGGGAAAGGGCAAUUUGAACCUCGUUGCAAGCAAAGCGAAAAUACGGUUUUUUCGAAGGGAAAGUCCCAAAACCAACAACACCUGAGAAAUUGGAGGACUGGACUGCAGUGCAGUCGAUGCUCAUAGCGUGACUGCUGAACACUAUCGAGCCAUCAUUGCGCUCUACUCUUUCUUAUUAUGAUGAUUCAUAAUCCUUGUGGACACAUCUCAAACAACGUUUUUGUGUUGUGAAUGGGACUCGUAUAUGCCAAUUAAAGGCAUCGUUAGGAGAAUGCAAGCAAGGCAAAAGUGAAGAGGUGUUGGCUUACUUCGGUCGUCUAUCUUGUGUAUGGAACGAACUUAUGACUUAUGUCAAAAAGCCAACUUGCAAAUGUGGAGGUUGUAGCUGUGAUAUCAACCAACAAGUGAUUGAUUUAAGUACUGAAGACUAUCUGCAUCAUUUUCUCAUGGGCCUUGAUGGGAUUUAUGCAACGAUUCACUCAAAUUUGCUUUCUCAAGAUCCGUUACCAAACAUUGAUCAAGCAUAUCAGCGAGUCAUACAAGAUGAGAGGUUGCUGCAAGGAGGAUCUUCAAUUCAUCAGAACCGUGACAAUGUCAUGGCCUUUAAACCUACAGCCGAUACACGAGGUAAAACUAAACUUGUGGACAAUUCCGAAAAAUUCUAUACUCACUACAACAGAGAAGGACACGAAGAAAGCUCGUGUUUUCAGCUUCAUGGAUUCCCCGAGUGGUGGGGGGGCCGUCCUCGUGGUGGUCGUGGGAGAGACACAUCAGGCCAUUCUGGAGGGUGUGGCAGGAGCAUCUAUAACACACCUGUGCGAGCCAACAAAGCCAAAACAAGUAGUCGUAGAAGCGGUGGUAAUGUUGGACAGUCUCAUGCACCACCACACUCAAGUGAAGCAGCUGGUAUAUCAUGCAUUAACCCGACACAAUGGAAACAAAUUCUUGAUGCUUUGAAUAAUUCCAAAACCAAAGACCGCCUCCACGGCUCGGAUAAUGAGGACAUUGAUUGGAGCAGGUGAACGGAUCAAUGGAAUUUACUUUUUUCGCGGUGUUUCGAAGGUGCAUGUCUUGAUGGUGGAAGGAGAUUCAACAGUGGAUUUAUGGCAUAAGUGUUUGGGUCAUCCGUCAGAAAAGGUGUUAAAGUUCAUUCCUCCUAUAAGUCAUCUUAGUAGGAGCAAGAAUAAUAGACCUUGUGAUGUUUGUCCUCGUGCCAAGCAGCAUAGGGAUAGUUUUCCAUUAAGUGAGAAUAAUGCACCAAGUUUGUUUGAAUUAGUUCAUUGUGACUUGUGGGGAUCUUAUCGAACUCGUUCGUCGUGUGGGGAACAAUAUUACUUGACAAUCGUUGAUGAUUAUUCGCGUGCAGUUUGGGUCUAUUUGUUAUGCAAUAAAACUGAGAUUGAGACUAUGUUUUUGAAUUUUGUGGCAAUUGUUGAUAGACAAUUUGAUAAGAAAAUAAAGAAAGUUUGCAGUGAUAAUGGCACUGAAUUUAAUUGUCUACAUGAUUAUUUUUUUAAUAAUGGAAUUGUGUUUAAGACGUCAUGUG